AUCGCUUCCACUUCCCUUUUCAACCAAAAAAAUAAUGGCGUCGCGCGGAGAUGAACGGGAAUCCGUAGCUGUGGAGGAGCAGGGAGAGAAGAAGACAGCGGCGGUGUCAUUUGGUUUCACUAAAGUUGUUAGUAAAUUYAAACCCGUAUCCGGUGGCACUGCGACCAAAAGUGACGAUAAAGAUUAUUUGACUGGGAUCGACAGAAAGGAACUGCAAAGUUCCAAACCAUCAGAGAAGCCAAAAGAGCUCAUCAUCCCUCURAUCCAGAAGAACCGCUGGCACAAACCAGACCAUGGUGGAGCUCAAUCGGCUGAAAAUGAAAAGAGAACGCAGGGAACCCCGGGUGAAUGUGAUGACUCAAUGGUUUCUCAGGCUGUCAAGGAACUUAUUGAAGAUUCACGGAGGCAGCUGGAGGAGUGGCAGAACGGAUCAGAACCAGACAGAAACCUGAACUUAUCCAUUCCUCUUUUGAUGCAAAACAAAGUGCCAGAGGGCUUUGAGGAUGGAGACCACAUAAAGGUGGACCUGCGGCCUGAAUCUUCCACAGAGGCGGAUUAUGARAGUGUUCCUGUUGAAGCUUAUGGACUCGCCAUGCUGAAAGGAAUGGGUUGGAAGAAAGGCGAAGGCAUCGGACGAACCUUUAAACAAGAUGUGAAGCCAAUCGAACACCAGCUCCGUCCAAAAGGCUUGGGCCUCGGAGCCGAUCGUUCAGCGAUAAAGGAUCUGGAGCCCAGCAGACACCAGCGUCCCCCGAAGCCAGGCGAGGAGCGGGCGAAAGAGGAGGAACUAGUGAUGGGACCGGGGGGUUGUGUGCUGGUGGAGUCAGGGGCACAUAAAGAUCUUUAUGGCAAGAUAGAAGGUGUUGACGCAGACAACGCUCGAGUGGUGGUGAAGCUCGCCAUAGGUGGAAAAACUGCGACAGUCAGCCAGUAUAACAUCAGACUGGUCGGGCGAAAAGAAUACGACAAAAACAGCAAGGAUCUCAGCCGACUCAGUAAAGCCCACAAAGAAAAGGAAAAAGAGAAAGAGAGGGAAAAGGAGCAGGAGAGAGAGCGGCAGAGACACGAAGAGAAAAAUAAAAGCAGCGACAAAAUAAAACAUAAGUCAUCUGAAAGAGAGGAGAGGAAGAGGAAACACAGAGAAUCCAGUCAGGACAGAGAUAAGCCUCCAGUAAAAGAAGCGAAGCAGCCAGCAGCCGCCCCCUCGUGGCUCCAGAGAGACCUGAAAGUUCGCUUCAUAGACAAAGUUUUUAAGGGUGGCAGGUACUACAACUCAAAGAUGCGAGUGGAGGAUGUCCUGACGCCGUUCACCUGUGUGUGUCGAACAGAAGAGGGACGACUGUUAGACGAUGUGAAGCAGGACAUGUUGGAAACCAUCAUUCCAAAAGGCGAUUAUGACUCAGUAAUGGUUGUACUGGGUGAACACAGAGGACAGGUCGGCCGUAUCCUUCAGCGGGACAAGAACAAGUGCAGAGCGAUGGUCCAGCUUGACCGAUACGAGGAGAAAGUGUUCACGUUGGAUUAUGACACUAUUUGCCAAUAUGUCGGAGCAACUGACCACUGACCCUCCGAACUGUGUUGUGAUAAAAUGUUCUUAGUAAAUCCUGUCUCAUCCUAAAUGUUACUGUUUGUAAAACUGGUAAGUAGAUUAUAAAUCUGUGCGAUAUUUUUAUUAAAAAUAAAACCUUGUCAAGAA